ACCUGAGCUGAAGUCGGACGCUCAACCGACUGAGCCAUGUAGGUGCCCCUAAGCCAUGUCCUUCUGUCCCAGGAUCCAUCCAGGAUGCCACAUUACAUUUAGUCCUCGUGCCUUCUUGGUUGGGCUCCUCUUGACUGUGACAGUUUCUAAGACUUUCUGUGUGUGUGUGUGUGUGUGUGUGUGUGUGUGUGUGUGUUUAAAUGACCUUGGCAGCUUUGAGGAGGACUGGUCAGUAUUUUGUAGAAUGUCUCUCGAUUAAGAUACGUCCAUUUCCUCAUGACUAGACAGGGUCUAUAGGCUUUUGAGGGGAAGGCCACAGAAAUAAAGUACCAUUUUCGUCACAUCCCCUAUCAUUGUUGAUGUGGACUCCCUUGGGGUAUAUUUGGCAGGCUUUCCACCGUCGUUACUCCUUUAUUCCUCUGUUUCUUGUGUGUUAAUUAUAUGGUGUCUUCUUACAUGGAAGGUUUAUGUGUUCAAUCUCUUUUGAGCUGGAAGGACCUUCAUCAGGGAACAGCAUCAGUGGCACCCGCGGCUUUGAUGUGCUGCGUGCUCCUGGAGCAUCUAACCCCACGUACCAACUUCCGCACGUGCCUCACCCCCCUCUGAGGACAACCCAUAACGUUGGUCCCCUUAUCGUUUCCAUUUCACAGAGGGAAAGUGGAAUCUUCCUGCCACUAAGCCACACCAGAGCCAGCGAGUGGCAAAGUCAGGAUUCGUGCCUGGGUGUGUCUGACACUGGACAUAACUGCUUAAGUGUAGAAACCAAGGUGCGGAGGGAGGGUGCUCAUCCGAGUCCCUCCAGCCAGUUGGUGGCUUUGCCCAGGCCCUUCCACGGCCAGGCCACCUCUGAUCCCAAUGAGUCAGCAGCAAUUGCUCAGCCACUGGGCCUGCCCUGCCCUGCCCCCAGCCCCACCCCAAGCUGCCCACUCCUGACCCGCCUCCCGUUCAUGUCCUUUGGCGGCCGUGGCUUUUAGCACCCCCAGGGGAAGAGACCCAGACUGCGCAGCAAAUAAACACCGCCCACAGAUUUCCAAAUAUACGGAGAAAGAAACAGGACAGCUCCACUCUUUGUCCAACAUCUCAGCGAGGCUGCAGGGGUGGCUGCUGAUCUCAGAGCUUCACAAUGUCUCCCAAGGAGAAAGAGAAAGAUGCUGAAAAGCCAGCCAAGAAAGACAAAGACCCAGUGAACAAGUCUGGGUGCAAGGCCAAAAAGAAGUGGUCCAAAGGCAAAGUUCGGGACACGCUCAAUGACCUGGUCUUGUGUGACAAAGUGACAUGUGACAAACUUCGUAUUCCCAACUAGAAGCUUAUGACCCCAGCCGUCGUCUCUGAGAGACUGAAGAUUCGAGGCCCCCUGGCUGGGGUGGCCUUUCAGGAGCUCCUUAGUGAAGAACUUAGGAAACAAGUUGCAAAGUACAGAGCUCUGGUCAUUUCCACCAGAAACACCAGGGGCAGAGAUGCCCCAGCUGCUGGCGAAGAUGCAUGAACAGAUCCCACUAACUGUACGUUUUGAAAAAUAAAAAUGUAUUAAAUUAAAAAAAGAGA